CGUAGCUUAACCAAGAGGAAACACAACCAGCCGUCUGAAUGUAGUUGCUCCACGCUGGCAACUGGCUGUGUGUCUCUUAUCACUAUCAACCUCCCCAUACUCACAUCGUUUCGGGAGGAGUCACCCAGCAGCAGGUUGCUAAGUGCUUCACAGACUGUAUGAGUCGGCCCAAGACGUGUUUUUUCUCUCUCGUUUACUGGAAGUAAGCGUUUACGUUACACUAUUUGAAAAUGGCCACAGACGAGUUGUCGUCAAAGUUGAACCGUAGACUCCAAAUCGAGGAGGGAGUUGAAGAAGCCGUGGCUGUGGACGGGAUGAUCCAGCAAAACGAGGAGCCACUGGAGAAGUCCUCCACGGGGAGCGCGGACUCGGAACUGGGCGCUAAACUGCUGCGGCGCGGGGAACUGAACGAGGGAGUGGGUGAGCACCUCCAGCCCAGCAUGAAGGUCUUAAAUCCCUACACGGAGUUCAAGGAGUUCUCGAGGAAGCAAAUCAAAGACAUGGAGAAGAUGUUUAAACAGUUCGACGCAGGAAAAGACAACUUCAUUGAUCUUAUGGAGCUUAAACUGAUGAUGGAGAAGCUGGAGGCACCGCAGACCCAUCUGGGCCUGAAGAACAUGAUCAAGGAGGUGGAUGAAGACCUGGACAACAAGCUCAGCUUCAGAGAGUUCUUACUCAUCUUCAGGAAAGCAGCAGCUGGGGAGCUAGCAGAAGACAGCGGUCUCUGUGUCCUGGCUCGUCUCUCGGAGAUCGACGUCUCCACCGAGGGGGUGAAGGGGGCGAAGACCUUCUUUGAAGCAAAAGUACAAGCUAUCAAUCAAUCCAAUCGCUUUGAGGCCGAGAUCCGCGAAGAGCAGGAGUCCAAAAAGAAGGAGCUUGAGGAGAAGAAGACAAAACAGGCUGCGUUCAGGGAGCUCCAGUCUGCCUUCAAGUAAAGUUAAAUCACUGUAUGGUUGCUGUGACCUCCUGUGCCCCUUACCCAUUCCCUUUGUUGCUACUGAUUCAUUCCCUCCUUCGCCCUUCAAAUGACAUAUUGGAUUGUCGCUCUUGACUGAAAUGUUGAAGAGUGGUUUUCAUAUUCCUUUAAGCUUCCUCUUCAUGUAAUUAACUUAAUUAUUUUUAUAUUUACAUGUAAACUGAAUUGGGGUUAUGUCCAAUCCAUUUAUUUUUUACUCUGAUUGGUGUUAGGUUUAACCCAGGUACACGUAUUGUAUUUGUUUGUAGGUGACGGGCAAGAACGUUAAUUUCAGCACAAAGUACCAGUCACUGUAGUCCAUGAUUUGCUUCUGACUAGGUUACUAGUCAAUCUCAAGUCAAAACGAUCUUGUGGCUUUUACCACAAGGCUGACUGAUCACAAAAUAUGACUUGACCCACCAUUCCGUCUGCAUAAACCAGGUACUUGGAGUCUGAGACACUUGAAUGGCCUAAGUUAGAUGCCACACCAAUCUUCUCCUACAGGUCUUCCCCUAUUAAGAAGUAAAUAUUUUUUUCUUGUUUCUUUAUCACAUCGUUGGUGAUACCAGAUAGCUCUAGUAUCUGAACCCUGAUUUAAUCCGACCAGUUAUUUUUUCCCUUUCACUUGUGCCAUAGUUGAAUCUAUGGAUUCAAUGUGUAUUUUUCUUGGUGAACAAAAAACAGGAUUAAUGGGUACAUCACAAAGGUCCGUUAGGUAUUUGUUGUGUGUAGUGCAAUUUACUGCACUAUUUAAUGCAGGUUUAUAAUCAGAUUUUAUGCGUUUGGUAUUGGACAUUUCAUGCUAAUGAUUUAUCGUGUGUUUUUUGCUCUAUCUGUAUAGAGCUGCAAAUAACACGAAACACACUGCACUUAAUUUAACAUGUCUCAAUUUGUAUUUUCACCCUAGCACAUGCAAAAAAUAGCAUACUAAAUGUUGUUUGUUUCUUUGCAACACUUCUUUGACUUUAAGUGUCAAUCUCGAAGACCUCCGAAGAACUUGGUUAAAAUGAAUGUCAGUUGAGUCAAUAUCGCUGAUGAAAGCCCUUGUAUUUGCAGUAUUAUGAAUGUUACAAACCGGGUGCUGCAGGCGACUUCGCCCUUGUAUUCAAAUCACAAACAGUGCAGUUAGUGACACUGUUUCCAUCACCUAGCGGCAGUUCCCUCAGAGAGUGUGGUGACGCAUCAGGGUGUGCGUAGCUGCGUACAGUUAUUUUAUUUAGACGUAGCGGCCUCCAAAGAACAAAACGGAGAUCUUCAACAUUGCCACUUGAAGCUAUAUCAUUGCAGUGAUUUGUCGCAGUUUGACAGAUGUAUUAUUCAUUUCAAUGUUUAUUCAAAAUAUAUUUCCUAACAGCAUUCAACUAAGAAAGUAAAAAGGUUUUCAUUAGAUUCAAUCAGAAUGUAUUGUUUUGUAAUCAUGGGUUACAUUUUACUUUGCUCCUACAUUAUAUCCUCCAUUGAGAUAUCUGAACUGCAAAGUUUCCCAAGAAUCAAACAUUCCCAUCCAUGGGUCAAUCCAACCAGGGAACCCACCUUAUUUUCAGACAAGUUAUAACUACAACUCAAGCCACUAGUGGCCGCUAUUUGGAAAACUAACAUAGUGCAGCAUUAAGAGAUAGUAUUAAGAGAUAGAGUUAUCGGAAGGAGAAACACCCUGAUCUUUGACAGUUGUUGUAAUCUAGUCAUGGGGCAAUAAACGGAUCUGGAGUACCUCUGAUUUGAGAAUGUGUAACAUGUUUUCAAGCUUAUAGUGGUCCAUAGCUGUUAUAUGAUGUUUGUUUUGUUCAUUGAUUAAUCUAGUUUUAAUAUUGUAGUUGGUUUUGCAUUCCUACAUUCUUCUUCAAUUAAACAUUACAGUAAUCUUUCAGAAUAAUAGGUGGGGUGUAUAUUGUAAUGCGCCAAAUAUAUUAGUUUCCUGUUGUGCAUUAUAAUCUUUAACUGGACCUUUUUUGUUUUUUUAUAAAGGUUUAUCUAAUUGUGAUAAAGGGUUUUUCUACUGAUUUUAUAUAUGGUUAUCUGUUGGGCUUCAAACCACUGUCUGUAUGCGGGUAAUAAUAAACCAUAACCACCAACAUAUUUUUUGUGUUGGUGGCAAGCAUUUCAA